AUCGACCAAGGAUCCGCGCCGUGAGGUCGACCAUUUAUCCAUCUACACACACACCCAUAUCAAUCUCUGACAAAAAAAAAGAUCAUGUCUGCCCCAAAUCCUAAGGCUUUCCCGUUGGCUAACAACGAUCUUACUAACAAGAUCUUGGAGCUCGUAAACCAAGCGACGUCCUACAAGCAGGUCAAGAAGGGUGCGAAUGAAGCUACGAAAACCCUCAACCGGGGUAUCGCAGAGUUCAUAGUCUUGACUGCGGAUACGGAGCCAAUCGAGAUCCUGUUGCAUCUGCCACUUCUUUGCGAGGAUAAGAACGUCCCCUACGUCUUCGUCCCCAGCAAGAUCGCCCUCGGACGUGCUUGCGGCGUCUCCCGCCCCGUGAUCGCGGCCAGCGUGACGACGAACGAGCAACGCGAACUGAACAGCCAGAUCCAGACGAUCAAGAAUGAGAUUGAGAAGCUCUUGAUUUGAGCUUGGAGCGCUCGGUGGCACGUAUUCUUACGACAUGUCGUCAUAUGGUAUUUUAGCCUAGAUGAUCGGAUACCACCGUAGUCUCCAAUGUCAUAUGAUUAUGAUGGUCAUG